UUGAAAAUCCAAAUGAAAUCUUUGAUUUAUUGUAACUUGAUCAGAUGGAUGUUUGUAUUUCCUAGUGUGUGUUUAGGCUGGUUUCCAUGGAGACGGGCCUCCAUGUUCUGUUUCAGUGACAAGAAGAAGAAUUUAAUGCAAAACAAACUGAAGAUGAUCAAGUGAGUUUCCAGCUUCAGUUUGUUGUUUCUGUUUCUCUAAGAAAAUAACCACAACUUCCUGUUUCUGCUGAGGAAACACCUGGCGGCCCGCCUGACCCGCCCACACCCGCCGGUCCUGGGUGCUCCAUGUUGGCUCCUCAUGGAGCAGAGAUGACUCCAGGCUCAGCUGACCCGGGACCGGCAGGAGGCCGGAGGUUCUACCCCGAGGUUCUGCUGAGCCGAGCCGAGCCGAGCCGGGUGUGGCGCUGCUGCGGGUGUGAAGUGAGCAUGCUCAGUGGGCCGUGACAUCAUCACCACAUGGCUGCGCCGCAUGCAAAGCAGCAGGAAGGUUCUGUUGGACUCCGAGCUGCAGAAUCACAGCAGGACGAGACGCAGAGCAACGCAGUCAUGGGCAAGAUUAACUCGCGGCCGAAGCUUUUCCCCGGAGACAUCGUGGAAUAUCCCAGGAACAAAUACUUCUCUCAUUUUGGGAUCUACUUCGGGGAACGGGACGGCGUUCCCUAUGUGGCUCACCUGACCUGCAGAGACGCCGACACAAAGAUCCCGCUGUUCGGCCGCGCCCUGAGGUCAGAGGUCAAGCUGGAUCCUCUGGAGCUGCUGGGGAGUCAAUACAAGGUCAGCAACAUGCUGGACGGGUCGCACUCCCCCAGAGACUUCCACUCGGUGGUGAAGCCCGCCAUCGAGGACAUGCUGGGCCGAGACGUGACCUUUGACAUCCUGUUCCACAACAGCGAGCACCAAGCCACACUAUUCAGAUACGGAGUCAAAAAGUCCCAGCAGAUUGAACUGGUCUACAAACACAUCAUGCCGUCCUGGAAGAAGCUGUUUGAGGAGAAGAAGCUGUGAGGCGUUCUGCCACUAGAGGGAGCCGUCUCCUCACAUCUGCCUGAAGCUGCAUUUCCAACCUUGUUCUUCCACUAAACUUUCACACGCUUUAGAAAUACUGCUCCUCUCCUCUUCUGUCCAUUCACAGUCCGUUCUCCGACUGACGACCAAAAGUACAUUUUUAAACAUUGAAUAUUAAUCACAUUGUUGCAGAGAAAGUAUUUUUUGUCUUCCAGAUUAAAAGUCAUGAUGUCAAUUUUUUUAAUUUUCGGGAUUUUUUAAAAGUUUCUUUCCUUUUUUCUGGACUGUAACUUAUUUCUUUAAAUGUUUUGUUUUACAUUUUUUAAAAAUGUUUUUAUAUCUGUAAACAUGCAUUUUCUACUUUUUAAAAUGAUUUGUGAGGUCUUGAUGUUUCUUUAAACCAGUGUUUCUCAGUUCCAGUCCUCAGGCCCCCUGCCUGCAUGUUUUAGGUGUUUCCCUUCUGCCACACACCUGGAUUGAACAUGUGGGUGAUUAACAGGCUUCUGCAGCUCUUGAUGGUCAUACAAUCAUUAGAAUCAGCUGCUCUGGAGUAGAGACACAUCUAAAACAUGCAGAGCAGGAGGCUUGAGGACUGGGAUUGAGAAGUGCUGCUUUAAACUGAAAUUUGAUAUCUUAACAUCUCAAAUUGUCCAUGUUGAUGUUGAAGCUGAAAUAUGAAUAAGUGUUGAAUCAUGAUCAGCAUAACGCUCCCUGUUUACAUUCUGAGCAGAUGUAAAAUAAUAUUUGAUUAAAAGUCAAAUUG